ACCAAAAAUGAGAUGGCUCGGCACUUGAGGGAGUACCAAGACCUGCUUAACGUCAAGAUGGCACUUGAUAUCGAGAUAGCUGCCUACAGGAAGCUGCUGGAGGGAGAGGAGAACCUCUUCAGCACAGAAAGCGUCGGCCUUUCAGCGCUUAAUCCCCUCCCCAACCCCACUUACUCCUUCCAGCCAAGAGGCUUUAGUUCCUCUACUCUGUCCUUCAGGGAGAAGGAGCAAGGAGAGGUUAUUAAAGUGACCUCUAAAAUAUCAUCCAGCAGGGCUGAGAUGAUUGAGGGGACCAUAACUUCUGCCAAGAAAAGAGGUAGAUUAAAUCUGCAUGAAGGAAUCCUUGCAAAUGCAAAAAUGUAACUGUCAGGACCCUGUCCGUUUUGCAUUUGAGGGGGAACAGUCUCCACUCGGCCUUUAAAUUGUCCUUCUGGGCACGAAGCCGUGCUGGACUCGUGGGAAGCCCCCCUUAGAAACACAUAACCCCCUGGGGACACUGACCCGGGGCUGGCUUCCUCGCGGGUCCCGCUGUGCGGAGGCCGAGCUUGGCACAUUGCUCCCUUUUAAAUGGGGCGGAGGCAGGGGCAGGUAGCUAGAUGCAUGUUGGUCGUCGUUGUGGUGGCACAGUGGACUCGUAGCACCCACCAUCCCUCUCUCCCUCCUCCCGCUGCAGGCGAGAGGGAGCUGGCUGGGACCGCUGCUCAGCCAGCUCUCUGGGGAGGGAGGAUGAGGGAAUCAACUCAACACGUUUGCUACAACUAGUUUCA